UUUGGUGCUGGGAGGCGGGCGUAGGGUCGUGGUCCGCGCCGCCGCCGUCUCGCUGGGCCCCGCCGGCUCACGUGACCGACGCAGGCUCUGGAGCCGUCGGGCGGCACUGAGGAGGCAGCAGCUGCGGAAUCGGCGACCAGAGCUGGCGGAGUAGCUGGCGGACGAGCGACCGGCCGGCUGCCCUUUCCGACAGCUACGGCGGAGGAGAAAAAUGGCGGAGGCCUCAGCGGCCGGGGCGGGCUCGGGAGCUGCUGUCGCCGCGCACCGGUUUUUCUGCCACUUUUGCAAGGGCGAGGUUAGCCCCAAACUACCGGAAUAUAUUUGUCCCAGAUGUGAAUCAGGCUUUAUUGAAGAAGUGACAGAUGAUUCCAGUUUUUUAGGUGGCGGCAGCAGGAUAGAUAAUAGCACAUCAACACAUUUUGCAGAGUUCUGGGACAAUUUGGACCACACGAUGUUUUUCCAAGAUUUUAGACCAUUUCUAAGUAGCAACCCAUUGGACCAAGAUAAUCGAGGUAAUGAGAGAGGUCAUCAGACCCCUGACUUCUGGAUACCUAGUCGUCCUUCACGGCUGCCACUGUCUCGGAGAUACAGAUCGCGAGGGAGUACUCGACCUGAAAGAUCCCCAGCUAUUGAAGGAAUAAUACAACAGAUUUUUGCAGGAUUCUUUGCAAAUCCUGCAAUUCCUAGAUCUCCACACUCAUUGUCCUGGUACGGGAUGCUGCACUCCAACCCUGAAGAUUAUGCAUGGGGUCAGACAGAGCUCGAUGCAAUUGUAACCCAGCUUUUAGGACAACUGGAAAACACAGGGCCUCCUCCAGCUGACAAGGAAAAGAUCACAUCUCUUCCAACAGUGACAGUAACUCAGGAACAAGUUGAUAAGGGUUUAGAGUGUCCAGUGUGCAAAGAAGAUUACACAGUGCAAGAGGCAGUGAGGCAGUUACCCUGCAACCACUUCUUCCAUAGCAGUUGUAUCGUGCCGUGGUUAGAACUGCAUGACACAUGUCCUGUAUGUAGGAAGAGCUUAAAUGGUGAGGACUCGACACGGCACACCCAGAGCUCUGAGGCCUCUGCAAGCAACAGA